UCUUCCUAUAAAGAUGAGGAUGAUUUCAUGUAGAAUUCAAACCAUUUCCUUCUUAACCCUCUCUCUCUCUCACUCCUACAUUUGCAAAUUAGUCAAAUAUGGCUCGUUCAAGCUUAUGCAUUACCUCUCUUCUUCUCUUGUCCUUAGUCAUUUUUGCCUCUGCUCAUUAUGAUAUUAAACCUAAUAAGCUUAAAACCCCUACAAAACAACAAUAUGGGAAACCAAAGCCAGAUGAAAAGAUAAAAUCUACUCCUACAAAACCAAACUAUGCACAACCUGAAGGCAUUAAGAAGAAAACCAAUUAUGCUCCUUCAAAACCUGUGUAUCAUGAUCAGAAGCCAAAAGAAAUUCCCACCAAAUCAAACUACAAGGGAGCAUCACCAGUUCCACAACAAGAAAAUAAGAGUAUACUUCCAAUAACUACUAUUGCUGUUCAAGGACUUGUUUUAUGUAAGCAAGGCCUCAAAUACUUCCCCAUUCAAGGAGCUGUGGCUAAGAUAAUAUGUAUAGCUGAGUGUGAAGAAGGCUACAAGACAAAAACAUUGUCAAUCCUAAGUGGAGCAUCUGAUGCAAAAGGGUAUUUCUAUGCAACAUUAUUAUCUCCAUCUACACUUAUUGGAGAUCAUAUUAAUAACAUUUGGAAUCUCAAGGAAUGCAAGGCCUACUUGGAUCAUUCUCCAUUGGAAUCCUGCAAUAUUCCAACUAAUAUUAAUGAUGGUAUUCAUGGUCAUCUUCUUUCUUCCUACAAUGUCCUCAAGCACACCAGCACAAAAUUAUUCUCAGUUGGACCCUUUUACUACUCUACUAGCUCUUACCAACCUAAAUCACCAUCAUCUCCCACUCCAGCCUAUUAAAUGUAUUUUUAUGUUUCAUGUUUUUAUUUUAUUUCUUUUAUUGUUUGAUUAUUUCUUUUGCCCUAUUAAUUUGUUUGAGAGUUUCGUUCGGAAAAUAAUUUGAGGAAUAAAAAGAACAAAAGAAAGUUGUUCAUUUUGAUGUGUAUUUAGUAUUGGUGCCUAUGCAUAUACAAGAUCUUCAACCUUAAUUCCUUCAAUCGAUCGCCAUUUUUUGAGAAACUAGGUGAAUGUACAUGCCGAGCCACGUAUUGCUAAUUUCAUUUAAGAUUU